AUGGCGCCAAAGCUAGAAUCCGAAUCACCUGAGGCCACCCAAGACGGCAACUCCACCCAGGGACAGAUUGAAGCCAUCCAACAGAAAGCUGAAGCUUUCCAGCAGCAAGUCGAAGAUCUCAGAAAAGCCCACCUUACAGAGAUCUUGGAUGUUCACCGUCGGGUUGCAACGUCCCAAGAGGAGAUCAAAACUUUGCGGAAGCACACAUUCGCACGAUUCUGCAACUUCUUCACAUCCGGCGUUCAACCUGUUCAACUUGAACUCCCCGAAGAAGAAUGGCACGCGAUUAUCCCUCACCUCAUGAAGGAGAAACCGGUAAUCGUCACGAAACUUCCUUUGGCCCACAAUUUCUGGGUGGUUGAUGACACCUGGGGUCCCGAACGAGAAAGCUAUCCCGCGGUCGCCUCCGACGGAAUGCUGCAAUCAUGCCUGGCUCUCUAUGCCACCUUGAAGGCCUUUCCUUCCCAUUGUUGUGACUGGCGGAACAUGGCCCUUUCAUCCGUGCGUCAAGUGAUGAAGGAGAUGCUGAGCAGGGGCUACGUCUACAAGGGGCUUAUGUCUCUGAUUACCAGCAUGGCCGUCGAGCUCGUCAACAAGAAGCAGUUGCCCAAGACCGAUCCCUUGCUGUUUGCUAUUUGGCAGGUCGUCGGCUGCGCGGACGACAUGAUGACCAAAUCGUUGAGGUUGACUUCGCAACCAAGGAUGUUCGGAGAAGCUCUUCCCGGAGACUGGGCUGAUCUUGCUCGCGCCAUCAUGAUUCACACGCAUACAGAGGCCCACAAGGACAUUCGCCCUUUCGGCCUUGUUCUACAGACAUCACUCAAGCCAGACUGCGUCUAUUACCACACCUCCAAGGUUGGAAUCAUUGUCGAUAAGGAUACGGAGAGCAAUCAGCGACACUACAUUGUGCUUGACUUUGAUACCAAGCGACUGCGUGUCGUGGAGGGGGAAAGAUGGGAGGUCCAGGAUAACGGGACUAUGGUUGGUGUUGAACUCCUUGGAAAUAAAUAUGAUGAAGGAACUGGUUACUGCUUUGCGAUGGACAAGGCAUCGUGGGACGAAUUGAUGUUACAUACCUCUACGAUGGACUGUUAA